AUGACUUGUACGCCGCCCGCACAGGAUGUUAAUGACGGAAAGCUGUUUGCACAUUCCCCAUCGUUCCCCACUGUGUCGUUCGCGGCGGAAGAUGCGAGCGAAGACCUUUCUGCCUCGUUACACCGCCGUCAGCCCCGUGUGAGCAUUUUCCCUGCUGAAAGAAGUGGCUCAAUCACGAGUGACAGCGAGCAAGGGGGCACUGGUGUACCGCUUCCAACGGAUGGAAGGUCGCCUUUGUCUUCCGUUAGGCGCAGGCACGACACGGCGGGUUCCCCACAGAAUUUCCAGGGCAACGAGGCGCAGCAACCGGGUCGAAACCCCGGACAGCAGCUGGCCUCGCGGCAUAGGGAAGGCAGUGGCGGCAGUCAUAAGGGCCAACAGUCGGCUGCAAAUUCGUCGCCAAGUAGGCGUCAACACUCUUCACCAACAAACCGCGACGACUCAACGGCCCACCGUAAGCAGUCGAUGGGGCAGGGUGGCGGGUCCCCUUCAGCUGCAAAGAAGGGAGGUGCGGAACGCCGGCGGUCAACAGAGCUGCAGCCCAGGGGUGCAAACUCGGCAUUAUCCCCCACCAGGAGAUCCAGCGCCAGCAAAGGCGGAUCGCAGUCGAAAGGGAGCGCCAAACAAGAUGCUGCACAUGGAAAACAGACGAAACCGAAGACAAAGUCAUCCUCACGUGACUCGUCACGAAGCAAACAGCGACAGUCGCUGGCGAUCAAGGCGGCGUCUGCUAAAGACCUGUCAAGAACCGACUCCGAAGCACAACCCGCUUCAGGUCGACGCCUCAGCACCGUCAGCUUGGCGAGCAGGGGUUCACCACGUGGUAAACGUGGAAAGAAGGCAGCCGCGGUGUUGGUGAAGAAUGAGGAGACGGCACGCAAAGAGAUCGAAGUGGCACAAGAAGAAGCCUUUGACGAAAUUAUGAUGAGCAUAUUUAUUCACUCUUUCCAACCUCAGAGAAACCUUAUCAAGAAACUUGAGUACGAGAUGCAGAAACAGAAGCAAGAGCUUACCGGCAAGUUGGCGCAAGCAAAGAAUUCAGCGAUGCAGAUGCUUGAACAAGUAGCUCUUCUAGUUGAUACCGUGCAGAAGAACGGUGUCGAGGCCAUGAAAGAGAGCCAAAUACUCGAAGCAGAGGUUCCAUUCAUUCAUCAAGAGUUAGCACCCAAGGGAAGGAGGCUGUCGUGCGUAAAUGCUGUACCGACAGCGGAAAAUGAAGAUGAGAGACGAAUAAGGCGCAAAGAUCAGGAAGAGGGAAGUGAAAGCGAACGGAUAAAGGCCUUUUUUUCUGCGGAUCUCUAUUCUUCGUGUAGUAUUGGCACGUUUAAAGACAUGCGAACAGAUGAUAUUGUAAGUUCAGUUGACAAAAUGUGUGGUGAGGCGGCGUCUCUUUCGAAUGUCUUUAGCGAUUUGCUCAACCGCACGCAGCGCAUGAUCAACCAAUCUAGGCAAAUAAUCAAGGCACAGCAGGCCGCCCUCGACGAGUGUGUGACACAUGUAGAACUUGCAGACGAGACAUUGCGUGAUGCAACAGAGCGGGAAAAGGAGAACAUUGACUACGCGUUUCAGAUUGGUCGCCAGUUCAGUAUGGAGUUGCGGCAUAGGAUCGACAGGAUCGAAUAUGAGAUGUUCGAGGGCUUGGAUGAAGUCAUUAGGCGUAGCACAGAGGUGUGUUGCGAUGCAAUCGCCUCCACCGACCAGAUGCAACGUCAAGUAGAUAAAGACAUCGUAGCUGAACAAUUCAUGACCCGUAUGGAAUUAGCUGCUGCGGAGAAGGCCAAGUUGCUUCGUGAUGUGCGCUCAAAACUUGCGUACCUGUGGAGAAGGCGGCUGAAUGUGGGAAGUGAGGAACGGGCGACGUUAACGUACACAGGACUACCGCAAGAGUACCAGAAAUCGCUUGAAUUGUGUGAUUAUGAUAUGCUGUGUCGCCUUAUUCACUUUGUAUCGCUAAACAAUGACGAGGCGCGUGAGCUGUUUAUGGGCGCACUUGAUGAACAUGAGAGUUUCCUUAAGGGUAAUUCCGUGGAGGCCGAAAUCGCCUCGCAGAGGGUAACGUUGGAGACGGCGGUGAGGUCACUGCUCAGGAAACUGGAGGACGAGGGCAAUAUAAAGGUAAAUCCCACUCGGGUGCCACAAACAUACGAGGAGAAGGUUAAGGACUUGGUGGACCACUACAACAUUUACAUGUCAAAGGUGGAAAAACAGAGGCGCCGAAUACUGCGCAGGAUGGCGGCGGAGGAUGCCCUCUCAUGUCUUCCUUACUUCGAUAGGAGGAGACCUGUCCCCGAGGAGUACGCGGCUGACCUUGACAGCCGUCCCGGCUUUGUGAAGCCACCCGCCAUAUGCAACAGCUUGUCAAUCCCAAAAGAGGAAGAGGCAGCGCAAAAGGUGAAUGUGUCAGAGAUUUCCAGACCACCGUCCUUCAGGAUUAAGAGAACCGACGUCGGCUCCUUUCGUGGGCCAACAGGUCCUCCUCUCUGUGCACGACCCCCACACGAUGUCGAAGUAGCAGAGAUCAAAGAGUAUUUGCGCCGCAGCCACCCCUCGGCCGAUAAGCUGCCGGGUCCCGCAACUGUGGUUGGGUACGGCCGAUGGGGAGGACAAGUGGCACAGAGGCCGCAAUCCGGCCUACCGAGAAACAGCGUGACUUUCUCCGACGCUACGGAAACACGAGGGCCAAUAGGGCCACUGAAAGAUGUGCAGCAGCCACACCGCAAGCCGCCGCCGCCUAUGGUUCCGCCACGGAGGGCACUGCUCACUCAUGUGCUGGAGCAUCACACUCACAACCCAAAGGCUCCAUUGCGCGCACCCAAUGAGUACUGCACUGGCGUGUGGGGUGAAGACAAACCAUUCGUCGCAAAGCAAGUCGAGCUCCUCCAAAAGGACAUUCGACUGUAG